UCAGCUCAAAAGAAAAGAGAAAAAUGGCGUCGAGGCAAGCUAAGGAAGAGAGGGCCGAGGCGACGGCGAGGAUUGCGGCCUCCGACCUCAGGGACGUGAACCGCGACCGGGAGAGGGACCGAGAGUACGAAGCGGCCGGAGAGAGAGCGGCCACGUUUGACACGACGGACCAGCCGCAGCAGCAGAGGCCUGGCGUGAUCGGGUCGGUCCUGAGGGUGGUCCAGGACACGUACGAGCACGCGAAGGAGGCGGUCGUCGGGAAGAGCCACGACGCCACCGAGACUGCCCGUGAAGGCGCGGAAUACACGGCUGACAGGUCCCGCGAGGGCUACGACGCCACCACGGGCAAGGCCAAGGAGUACAGGGACUACACGACCGAGAAGGCAAAGGAAACCACCGACUCGGCGGCCCAGAAGGUGAAGGUGAAGACGGGGGAGGCGGCUGAGAAGGCGAAGGAGACGAAGGAGUCGACCAAGGGCAAGCUCGGGGAGUACAAGGACUACGCAGCUGAGAAGGCGAGAGAGACAAAGGACUCAACGCUGGGGAAGGCAGCUGAGUACAAGCACUACACUGCCCAAAAGACCGAGGAGGCGAAGAAGGCCAGCGAGUACAAGGAAUACACGGCGCAGAAGGCCGGGGAAGCCAAAGAGAAGACAAAGGAGAAGGCAGGCGAGUACAAGGACUACGCGGCACAGAAGGCCGAGGAGGCGAAGGAGAAGGCGAGGGAGACCAAGGACGCAGCAUUAGGGAAGGCAGGGGAAUGCAAAGACUACGCGGCUGAGAAGGCGAAAGAGACCAAGGACUGCACAGCGGAGAAGGCGAAGGAAGGGAAGGGCACGACGGUGGGGAAGCUGGGCGAGCUGAAGGACUCUGCCGCGGACGCGGCGAGGUGGGCCAUGGACAUGCUGUCUGGCAAGGAGGAGGAGACCAAGGAGAAAACGGGCAAAGAGGAGAGAGGAGGGAUUUUGGGCGCGAUAGGGAGCGUCAUGGGGGCAAUCAAAGAGAAGCUGACACAGCCAAGCGACAAGAAAAAUGAGUCGCGCAUGGCCGGCAGGGAUGAAGGCGAGGGGCAGGACCAGAGGGCCGAGGCCGAGAAGGUGGUGGAGGUCUAUGUCGAGGACACCCCGCCGGGGGCCAAAGCCUCCACGCUGACGGCAGCCGAUCAGAUGAGCGGCCAGACUUUCAAGGACGUUGGGCGCAUCGACUACGAAGGGGUAGUGCGCGUCACCACGGACCGCCAUGGCAAGAUGUGAGGCGUGCCUCGAUGAGGCAAAGGCUCGGAUGGCUAAGAUGACACGUUAUUGGC